AUAUUUAUUAACAACGAAUGGCAUGAGUCUACAAGUGGAAAGAAGUUCCCCACCUACAACCCUUCAACGCUGGAGAAAAUUUGUGACAUUGAAGAAGGAGACAAGCCUGAUGUGGACAAUGCGGUGGAAGCAGCAAAGGCGGCAUUCCAGAGGGGGUCUCCGUGGAGACAGAUGGAUGCCCUAAGCAGAGGACGACUGCUACACAAGCUAGCUGAUCUUCUCGAGAGGGACAGAGUCAUCCUGGCAACUCUGGAAACAAUGGACACAGGAAAACCUUUUCUGCAUGCUUAUUUCAUUGACCUGGAAGGUUGUAUAGAAACGCUCCGAUAUUACGCUGGAUGGGCUGAUAAAAUUCAGGGCAGAACUAUCCCAGUGGAUGAAAAUUUUGUCUGUUUCACCAGGCACGAACCGAUGGGUGUCUGUGGAGCCAUAACUCCAUGGAACUUCCCAUUGCUAAUGCUGGUUUGGAAGAUGGCACCAGCGCUGUGCUGUGGAAACACUUUGGUUAUCAAGCCAGCUGAACAAACUCCUCUCACGUCGCUGUACAUUGGCUCCCUGAUCAAGGAGGUGGGUUUCCCUCCAGGUGUGGUGAACAUUGUGCCAGGCUAUGGACCCACAGCUGGAGCUGCUAUUUCUACCCACCACAGCAUUGAUAAAAUUGCUUUUACUGGAUCGACAAAGGUUGGAAAACUGAUCAAGGAAGCGGCUUCCAAAAGCAACCUCAAAAGGGUGACAUUAGAGCUUGGAGGGAAAAACCCCUGCAUCGUGUGCGCAGAUGCAGACUUGGACUUGGCAGUGGAAUGUGCCCAUCAAGGCGUGUUCUUCAAUCAAGGGCAGUGCUGCACGGCUGCCUCGCGAGUGUUUGUGGAGGAGCAGAUCUAUCCGGAGUUUGUCAAGCGCAGCGUGGAGUAUGCCAAGAAGCGACUGGUUGGAGACCCCUUUGAUGCCAGAACUGAACAAGGGCCCCAGAUUGACCAAAAACAGUUUGAUAAAAUUCUGGAGCUGAUAGAAAGUGGGAAGAAAGAAGGAGCUAAGCUGGAGUGUGGGGGUCUUGCCAUUGAAGACAGAGGCCUGUUCAUAAAACCCACUGUGUUCUCCGAGGUCACUGACAACAUGCGUAUCGCCAAAGAAGAGAUUUUCGGGCCAGUUCAGCCUAUUAUGAAGUUCAAGAGUAUAGAAGAAGUCAUAAGAAGAGCCAACAGUACUGAGUAUGGACUUACAGCUGCAGUGUUCACAAAGAAUCUGGACAGAGCACUAACGCUAGCUUCUGCACUGCAAUCAGGAACUGUCUGGAUCAACUGUUACAAUGCGCUCUAUGCACAGGCUCCUUUUGGUGGCUUUAAAAUGUCAGGCAAUGGCAGAGAACUUGGUGAAUAUGCUUUGGCAGAAUAUACUGAAGUGAAAACGGUCACCAUUAAACUCUCCCAGAAAAGUCCAUGAACACAGAAGGCCUAAAACGCUGACACUCUGAAUGUGACACAUGGGGGAUGCUUCAGAGCAAGGGGGAGGGGAGGGAUAGGAAGGAAAAUGGAAACGCCUAACGUUAUUCCUCUAGAAACACUGAAUCUACUGGACUCCAUUUUGUCAACUGGCUCUUCGAGAUGUGAUUUAACUGACCCUACUGGCAGCAUAGCACACACUUGUCCUGUACAAGUCCCUGGCUGUACAUCUGGUGGCUACUCAUGACUAAAAUGCUGGUCAGUCGCAGUGUUUGCAGGACAUCUCCUUUCAGACUGUACCC